AUGUUCCGACGAGAGCCUUCACAAGAAUAUGACAAUGGCCAGGAUCACUUUAUUGACGCCAUUUCAUCGCAAGUUGAUCAUCAAACUGUUAAUAACAUAAUCGACACGCAAAGGAAAAGUCUUCGGCGAUUUGAGAAAACCAAUGAAAUGCUAUCGAACUGCACUCAGCUGAGUGAACGACGCCUUGAAAGAGCACGGAAGGACGCAAGCGUACAUAAGGAGACGAUUAUGCAGAUGAAAACAGACCUCGAGUUUAUAUUCAGGAAGAUCCGACUUCUCAAAAGCAAUCUAUCAACAACAUACCCACAAAUAUACACUGAAGUCGAAAAACAAUGCAAAUCGAGAUUUUCCGAAGACAAAGACGAAUGA